GGUCCUGGUCUUUUAUAGUGAGUGAGGGCUGUCUUCUUUUCACCUAGUUCCAUUUGCGUAUAUUUAUCACAGCAAAGAGCUAGUAAGUUGCAUGCGACCAUUUUGUCUUUCACACUAAGUGUGACUCCGUGAAUAUAUUUGACGUUGUUGAUCAUUUACUUGGCGUAAUUGUCGAAACGUUUGUCCCUCCUCUCAUGCCGUAGAAGCCUCGUAUAAUCCCAAUGUGGUAGCUUGCAGCCAAGCCCGCCGCCGAGCUCAGCGGCUAACACACAGAGCCUCCAAAGAAAAGAAAGGAAAUAUCAUCCCUUUUAUUAAUAGCUGUCUCCAGUGACGUCAUUGACAAGAUGUCGGAGGCGCAGAACGCGUUUCGGAAGCGCGGCAAGAAGCACUUCUUCGGCGCCCAGCAUCACGCCAAACGCUGGAGGGGCUCCAGGGAGCUCGAGGUGGGCAUGCAGGGCAUCCUUAUCACAUGCAGCAUGAACCAGAGGAAAUGCGCGGCGGAGGCCUUCAACCUGCUCAGCGAGUACGCGGACAUGCUGUACGGACCCGAGAAGUUUGAAGAGGAAGCCGGAGAAUGCAGCGAAGGAGAAAACGCCAAAGAAGAAGUUGACGUGGAGGACGCUCUGAAGAAAGAGGUGGCGCAGCUGCGAGCGGGCGGCGGGAGACAAGAGCGACGUUUCCAGGCCCUGGACAGCGGAGCCAACAACGUCAUCUUCAUCAGAACUCGCAAUCUGGAGUCCGACAAGCUGGUUCAUCACAUCUUGUCCGAUCUGCACGCCACCAAGAAGAAAAAGACGCGCGUCAUUCUCCGCAUGCUGCCGGUCACGGGCACGUGCAAGGCCUUCCCGGAGGACAUGAUGCGGUAUAUGUCCACCUUCCUGGAGCCUUGGUUCAAGAAGCCCAACCACGCCACCUACCAGAUCGCCUUCAAGGCGCGGAACAACAGCCACAACAAGAGAGAGGACGUCAUCAAGGCCAUAGCCGGUCUGGUAGGCAAGCUGAACCCCAAGAACAAGGUCAACCUGACCCAGCCGGACCUCACCAUCAUCUUGGAGGUGAUCAAGAGCGUAUGCUGUGUCAGCGUGGUCCGCGAGUACACGCGCUACCGCAAGUACAACCUGCAGGAAGUGGUCAAAGACGAAGAGCCCAAGAAGGAGGACGCGCCCAAGGACGGCCAAGGCGACGACGCUGCUACCGAAGCGGCGCUUGCGGGCGGCUGCCAGGCGCCCGAGAAGGAGGAAGACGGCGCCGCUACCGAAGCGGCGCUUGCGGGAGGCAGCCAGGCGCCCGAGAAGGAGGAAGACGACGCCGCUACCGAAGCAGCGCUUGCGGGAGGCAGCCAGGCGCCCGAGAAGGAGGAAGACGCCGCCGCUACCCAAUUGGCGGCGGUUGUGGGAGGCAGCGCGGAGGAGAUGCAGCUGGCGGAGGAACAAUCUGCAAUAGACAACCAGCAGAAUAAGGCAGAAGGUGAUGGAGAGUAACUGUUCUUCUUCUUAUUUUUGGAAGGGUCAAGCAAGCUUAGUAAGUCUUUUUAACCCUUGAAAAGUGUUUUUUUUGUACUCGUGCGAUUUGAUCAUGGAUCGACAUGUGUCACAUUCUGUUUUUCUGUAAAGAAAAGUCCAGAAUUAAACAUGGCUUGGACAUUUUGA